AGUAAGAGGUGCUUGAGAGGUUGAUCCCAAACAGUAGAACAGAAGAAAGGCUAUUGAUGGAUUUAAAGUAUUUGCAGUUACUGGGAAGAUAAUUGCUCUCUUACACUGUGCACAUAGAGACUCAGAUUGUCUCUGAUGCAGCUGAGAAAAAUGCAGACCGUCAAGAAGGAGCAGGCAUCUCUCGAUACCAGCAAUGGUGUGGACAAGAUGAUGGUGCUUAACUCAGCCCUAACUGAAGUUCCUGAAGACUUGACAGCAGGGGAAGAGCUACUUCUAAAUGAAGGAAAUGUAGGGAAGAACAAGUCUUCAGCAUGUCGGAGAAAGCGGGAGUUCAUUCCUGACGAAAAAAAAGAUGCCAUGUAUUGGGAAAAAAGGCGGAAAAACAACGAGGCUGCCAAGAGAUCUCGUGAGAAACGUCGGCUGAAUGACCUGGUUUUAGAGAACAAACUAAUUGCACUGGGAGAAGAAAAUGCCACUUUAAAAGCCGAGCUGCUUUCGCUUAAAUUAAAGUUUGGUUUAAUUAGCUCUACAGCAUAUGCUCAAGAGAUUCAGAAACUCAGUAAUUCCACAGCUGUGUACUUUCAAGACUAUCAGGCUGCCAAAGCCCACGUGAGCUCCUUUGUAGAUGAGCACGAGCCCUCCAUGGUGGCAAGUAGUUGCAUCUCUGUUAUUAAGCACUCUCCACAGAGCUCUCUGUCUGAUGUUUCAGAAGUGUCCUCGCUAGAACAUUCGCAGGAGGGCCCUGCGCAAGCCGGCUGCAGAAGUCCUGAAAGCAAGUUCCAAAUGAUUAAGCAAGAGCCCAUGGAAUUGGAGAGUUACACAAGGGAACCCAGAGAUGACCGGGGUGCCUUCCGAGCAUCCAUGUAUCAGACCUACAUCGGAAGUUCUUUUCCUGGCUAUUCACACUCCCCUCCACUGCUGCAAGUCAACCGAUCUUCCAGUAACUCCCCCAGAACGUCGGAAACCGACGACGGUGUUGUCGGAAAGUCUUCCGAUGGAGAAGAUGAGCAGCAGGUCCCCAAGGGUCCCAUCCACUCUCCUGGUGAGCUUCAACGCGGGCACGCCACAGUGGUUAAAGUUCCAGAGGUGAACUCUGCUUUGCCACACAAGCUUCGGAUUAAAGCCAAAGCCAUGCAGAUAAAAGUCGAGGCCUUCGAUAACGACUUUGAUGCCACACAGAAACUUUCCUCACCCAUUGAGAUGACAUCCAAGAGACAUUUUGAACUGGAGAAGCAUGGGACCCCAAACAUGGUACAUGCUUCUUCUCUCACCCCUUUUUCUGUGCAGGUGACGAACAUUCAAGAUUGGUCUCUCAAAUCAGAACACUGGCAUCAAAAAGAACUGAGUGGCAAAACUCAGAAUAGUUUUAAAACUGGAGUGGUUGAAAUGAAGGACAACGGCUACAAAGUGUCCGACCCAGAGAACUUGUUUUUGAAGCAGGGGAUAGCAAACUUCUCUGCAGAGGUGGUCUCACUUAAAAGACUUAUAGCCACACACCAGAUCUCUGCAUCUGACUCUGGGUGAAUUACUACUGAACAAGCUCGGGGCAUUUAGGAAGCUGUCAUUUGUAAUAGAAAUGUUUUGUAUUAGGCUGAAUUUUCACUGGACCCGUGAUGUCAUUUCACUGUAAUGUUCACAUGUUGUAUGUUGGGUGUCUUUUUGUGCACAGUUGUUCUGAGGAUUAGAUUGUGUUAUCACUCUGCCUUGUGUAUAGUCAGAUAGUCCAUGCAAAGGCUGUAUAUAUUGAACAUUAUUUUUGUUGUUCUAUUAUUAUAAAGUGUGUAAGUUGCCAGUUUCAAUAAAAGAUUGGUGACAAACACAGAA